AUGCAUCCAUCCAGCUUUGCUCACUGGUCUCUUUCUACAGCCCGCGACCUUACCCUCGAAGCCGCCCGCGAUGCCAGCAAUGUCCGCCGAGCACCCACAAGAGAGCUGCCCUCGAGCCAGCUCAAGAAGCUUCUCGACAGCCGAUCCGAGCGCGAUGUCUUGGAGGGGCUCCGGAGAGUAAUCACUAUGUCUUAUCGACAACCCCCUGCCCAAACACUGCCUUUCUUCUCCCACGUAAUCAAGAACGUCGCCUCGCCCUCGCUUCAGGUCAAGAAGCUCGUUUACAUAUAUCUCCUCCAGCAUGCCGAGCAUGAGCCGGAUACCGCUCUCCUUUCAAUCAAUACCAUUCAAAAGUCGCUUACGGAUACGAAUCCUCAAUUGCGCGCAUUGGCGUUACGAGUCAUGUCGAGCAUACGGGUCCCAGUAAUUAGCCAGAUUGUGAGUCUGGGAAUCAAGCGCGGCACUGGAGAUAUGUCGCCGUACGUAAGGAGGGCAGCGGCUUUGGCGAUACCGAAAUGUUACAGACUGGACCCCAACACCGAACCCCAGCUGCUGGAGCACCUGUCGACAUUGCUGGGAGAUAAACAGUACUUUGUGACUGGAGCUGCUGUAGCAUCGUUCCUAGAGCUAUGUCCAGAUCGCUUAGACCUCAUACACCCGCAUUACCGCGCCUUGGUACGGAAGCUGGUCGAUAUGGACGAAUGGGGACAGUUGGCUACACUGCGAUUAAUGAUGGUUUAUGCACGGAAAUGCUUUCCCAGAAGGACGAAAAAAGUCAAGAAGGCGGCUAGCGCUAACACGAACAGCAAACCUUCACAGUCUACAAAAGGGUUCUAUGAUGAUUCUGAGAGUGAAUCUGAACAAAACGAGCAAGAGAAGGACAUGGAGGAAAUCGCUGUACUGGAUCCCGAUCUCGAAUUGCUGCUAAAAGGCUGUCAGUCGUUGCUCCAAUCCCGAAACGCUGCUGUGGUGAUCGCGGUAGCCCGGACUUACCUGUAUCUCGGUACACCCGAGUACCUGACCCAGGCCAUCGGGCCGUUGAUCUCCCUGCUGCGAUCUGCUGCCGACAUCCAGCACGUAGCGUUGUAUAACAUUGUACAGGUCUGCCUGGCACACCCCGAGCCAUUUGUAAAGUACUACACACACUUCUUGGUGCGGUCAACAGAUGCACCGCACAUAUGGCAGCUGAAGCUCGAGCUACUCACCUUGAUAUUUCCUCACGCCCAUAUGAGAUUGCAAAGCUUAAUACUUGCUGAGCUCAGCCACUUUUCACAUUCUGGCAGUUUGGAUCCAGCACUAGUCAAAGAGUCUGUACGCGCAAUUGGACGCUGCUCGCAAAGUCCUGCGACCAGUCCUCAAACCUCAGCCAGGUGUCUUAAACUAUUGCUAAAACAUAUUGGAUCUGCCGAUGCCCACUUGGUAGCGGAGUCGCUGGAAGUCAUCCGACACUUGAUUCAACGAGAUCCAAACGCUCAUCGCACUACUGUUAUCCGGUUAGCAAAGCAUUUGGAUGCAGCCACCAGUCCUCAAGCUCGCGCUAGCAUCAUUUGGCUAGUUGGCGAAUUCGCCGGCCUGGAUCCGGAGAACAACAUUGCUGCAGAUGUUCUCCGUAUUCUUGUCAAAGGCUUUGCAGAUGAGGCCGAGCCAGCCAAGCUUCAGAUUGUGCUGUUGGCAGCCAAGGUGUAUGUGCAUCAUUUGACAGCCAAUCCGCCCCCGGAACCUAAAGUGGAGGAGCCCAAACCGAGCUCGUCCCUGAUCGACGAAUUUCAAGAAGAACAAGGCGGGUUCAGAGACGAGCAUCUCGAUGCACUCGCCCAGAACAACGAGCCUCAAGAGGAGGAGAAGCCACAUAUCAUUGAGGCACUUUACAACUACGUUCUCUUGUUAGUAAGAUACGAUACUUCGUACGACCUUCGUGACCGCGCUCGCGUUUACAAAGCACUACUGGCGACACCUACCUCGACACAGUUGGCUUCGCUCCUGCUUUUGGCACCCAAGCCAGUGCCGCACAUUCCCAGCCCAAGUGAAACACGAAAGGGCUAUGUACUGGGAAGUGCCAGUCUAGUAGUUGGUGAUGAAGGCGGUGUUGGAGGACUCAAAGGAUACGAAGACCUGCCGCGCUGGGUCAAGGAAGGAAACGAGCCAGAUCCCACGCUCCGCGACGAAGCUGCGACUUCAUCUUCUUCAAAUUACGUGUCGGCGUAUGAAACUGCAAAGAACAUGUCGGCAGCUGAGAGGCUGGACGCAGCGGCGGGCAGUAGCGGUAGAAUGACUGCAGACAACACGAUGAGCCCAAGAGGCUUGAAUGGGAUUAGUGGAGAUGGAGGUUUCGGUGGGGUGCCCAAAGCGCCGCUCAAGGAGAAGACACUCGACGACUGGCUGGCGGAAGAAGAAGGAGAAGAUGAUGAGGAGGAAACCGAGACAGGAAGUGAAGAAGAGACAGACGAAGAGGAGGAAGAGAGUGAGGAAGAGAGCGAAUACGAGACGGACAGUGAAGACGAGGAGACUGAUGAUGAGCGAGGUAAUCUCAUCAAGCAGUAG